UUUGGUCAAAACACCGGGAUAGUUUUAACGUUGACCACACAAUCAUGAAGACUUCAAGCAGCAAUGCUGUUUUCGGAAUGUCUUGGCUUCUCAAGAUGUCACCAGAUAAGCAGGACACCCUUCUUAAGAUGUCUAUCCUUACCAUUGCGGGGAUAUUGUCAUUUUCUACUCGGCUGUUUUCUGUGUUGAGGUUUGAAAGUGUUAUCCACGAAUUUGAUCCCUACUUUAAUUACCGGACAACACGAUACUUAACCGAGGAAGGAUUCUAUCAGUUCCAUAACUGGUUUGAUGACCGAGCAUGGUAUCCCCUGGGUCGUAUCAUUGGUGGUACCAUCUAUCCAGGUUUGAUGGUGACUUCUGCUGCAUUGUACCAUGUGAUGAACUUCUUCCACAUCACCAUUGACAUCAGAAAUGUGUGCGUGUUCCUGGCUCCGCUGUUCUCCAGUCUCACAACGCUUGUCACUUAUCACUUUACGAAGGAGCUAAAGGAUGCCAGUGCUGGGCUAGUAGCGGCAGCUAUGAUUUCUAUUGUCCCUGGUUACAUCUCACGUUCUGUGGCUGGAUCCUAUGAUAACGAGGGCAUCGCCAUCUUCUGUAUGUUGUUGACUUACACCUUAUGGAUCAAGGCAGUUAAGACUGGCUCCAUUUUUUGGGGCUGUUUGUGUUCCCUGGCAUACUUUUACAUGGUGUCAUCUUGGGGAGGAUAUGUUUUCCUUAUCAACUUGAUCCCCCUUCACGUGCUUGCCCUUAUGAUGACCGGACGUUUCUCCCAUCGUAUCUAUGUUGCUUAUUCCUCGGUGUACUGUUUGGGUACCAUCCUGUCCAUGCAAAUCUCAUUUGUCGGUUUCCAGCCUGUUCAGUCUAGUGAGCACAUGGCCGCCUUUGGAGUGUUUGGUCUCUGUCAGAUCCAUGCUUUUGUUGACUACAUCCGAUCCAAAUUGACUUCUGAGCAGUUUAACACUCUGUUCAGGAGCAUCAUCCUCUUGGUGGGAAUUCUGGGGACCACUGCUGCUGCCAUUGCCACAGCAACAGGCAAAAUCUCUCCCUGGACUGGACGUUUCUAUUCCCUGCUUGACCCAUCUUAUGCCAAAAAUAACAUUCCUAUUAUUGCUUCUGUAUCGGAACAUCAGCCGACCACGUGGAGUUCCUUCUACUUUGAUCUUCAGCUCCUCGUGUUUAUGUUUCCAGUGGGUCUCUACUUCUGCUUCUCUCAUCUGACUGAUGCCAAUAUCUUUAUCAUCAUGUAUGGAGCUACAAGCAUCUACUUUGCCGGGGUGAUGGUACGUCUGAUGUUGGUUCUCGCCCCAGUUAUGUGUAUCCUAUCAGGAAUUGGUAUUUCGGCCACUCUCACAUCCUACAUGAAGAACCUAGACAUCAUGAAGAAAACCAAAAAGACCAAGAAAGGAGAGGUUACCAACUACCCAUUUAAAAAUGAGGUAGCCACUGGUGUAGUGUUCAUGAUCACAGCCUUCCUCAUCACCUACACCUUCCACUGUACUUGGGUGACCUCCGAAGCUUACUCCAGUCCUUCCAUUGUUCUGUCUGCCCGUGCUGGUGAUGGAGGUCGAAUCAUUUUUGAUGACUUCAGAGAGGCUUAUUACUGGCUAAGACACAACACCCCAGAGGAUGCAAAGGUGAUGUCGUGGUGGGAUUAUGGCUAUCAAAUCACAGCCAUGGCUAAUAGAACUAUACUGGUUGACAAUAACACUUGGAACAAUACUCACAUAUCACGCGUUGGACAGGCCAUGUCAUCAACAGAAGAUAAAGCUUAUGAGAUAAUGAGAGAAUUAGAUGUCAAUUAUGUACUUGUCAUAUUUGGUGGAUUAACAGGAUAUUCUUCUGAUGAUAUUAACAAGUUCCUCUGGAUGGUAAGGAUUGGAGGUAGCACAGAUAGAGGGGCACACAUUAAGGAAUCUGACUACUAUACACCACAGGGAGAGUUCCGCAUUGACAAAGACGGUUCCCCGACCCUACUUAAUUGUCUGAUGUACAAAAUGUGUUACUAUAGAUUUGGCUCGGUGUACACUGAGGGAGGAAAACCCACAGGUUAUGACCGAGUACGUAAUGCAGAAAUUGGAAACAAAGAUUUUGAACUUGAUGUUCUAGAAGAAGCAUAUACAACAGAGCACUGGCUUGUCCGCAUUUACAAAGUGAAAGAUUUAGACAACAGGGGACUGUAGACCGUAAAGCAGUAGAAAAAAAAAACAUAAUAUCAUGACUUAUUAAAUCUUGUAUUUGAUGAUGAUGAUAAACAUAGCAUUUCAAGUUAGGAGUAUUUUUUUAUUAGUGUAUAGUAAACAUCUAUUCUUCAUUAAGUCCAAUUUAUGUAUGAAGAAAAUCAUUUUGUAAAAGUAGAAUGGAAUACUACAGACAGAUCCAAGUUAAAUUUGAAAGAACAGUAUUUUUUCAAUUUUUUUAUCCUUAAAGAUGAUUUGUUGAAAAAGAAAAUCAUGUCUGGAAAUGUCUUGUUUGAUGUGUGUCGGGAAGUGUUUUACAGGUGUGCUUCAAGAUUCCUUGCAUUACAAUAAAGUGUAUAAUUGUUGUUGUUUAUCUAGAAAGAAACUGCUAGGAUGGCGACAGAUAUUCAAAACACUGAGAAAAUAAUAAUCAGCAAGACUUCUGUAUUAUAGAAAAAUUAAAUAUCCAGAUUAGUAAGGUUUGUUUACAUGCUUUUGUAUUGGUCAGCUGCAGUAGUUGACUUUGUUUCAGUACAAACAAGUUUUUCAACCAAUAUGUACUUAAUAUUGUUAGAUAUAUUCAUGCUUUUGUUGAUCUGUUUCAUCCCAUUUCUUUGAGGCAGAAUGGAGAAUAUGAAUUGAAGCUAUUGACUAUACCCAUUUGAUAUCUCAUUUUUUGUAAUUACAAAUUUGUUGUUUCAGGUUGAAUAAAGAAAAGUGUGAUUUUUAUCAUAAUUUUGAAGAGUAUUGAAUGGUUCCGCUAUAUUUUGUCUAAAAGUCCUUCAACUGACUGAAGUGCUAAUUGUUAUUAUUUGACACUAAGCUUUAAGCAGUCCACUUUGAAGCAAAUGUAGUUUCCAUCUUGAUGUGUUUUUUUUUCUGGUUUUUUUUUUUUUUAUUUUAAAUUGUUUUAAAAAUUAUGUUAUUUUCUCCGUUGUAAGUGUAAUUAUAAUGAUACCUACUUUUAAAUAAGGGUUAUGAAAUGUUUUCUGUUUAGCUUUACUUCUACUGUAGUGCUGCUGGCCUAAAGUCACCUUAACAGGUAUCUAGGCAAAUCUGUAAUGUACCAAGACUCAUGAGUUGUGGAUGAACAUUCCUUGUAUCAGUGAGAUCAUGUUGUGAAAGAUUCUGUAGGGAGUCCUUGUUUGAUAAGAUAUUUGAUAACAUCUCAUUAUAUACUGUCUGUUAAUAGGUUAAAAAAACUGAAUGCUUUAUUCAUUACUAUCAUUGUCUGAAAUAAAAUUAUCUUUUAUUUAAGAA